CUCUACACAAAAAUUAAAGUAUACAAACCUCUUUUUAACAAGCUGAAAACUCUGUGUAAUUGCAUUUUUCCCCCGUUAAAUAAACUAAAUUGUUUUCAUUCCUGAAAAUAAUCCAUAUAAUACAUAUAUAAAAUGAAAUUCUAAUAUUUUGUCGUCAUUUACCCUUCAUCGCUAGUCUAUUAAAUAACAAAGAGGAAGAUUACAAAGAAAAUAUUUACAACUUGUUCUCUAAAAAAAUCUUUUAAAUUUAUUGUCAAUGUUUUUAGUGUAAACGAUAAAAAUGCGUUUGAUUUUAUUGUUUUGUGUUUUAGUUUUUUAUCUAAAUGAUGUUGCAGUUCUUGCUAGAAACGCAAAAAAUACUAAUGAAGUUAAAAAUUUUAUUGGAAAUUUGGAUAUAGUUCAUUAUCAACCCGAACAAGUGCAUUUGUCAUUUGGUGAACAACCUCAUGAUAUUGUUGUCACCUGGUCAACACGCAGUGACACCGUUGAAUCACUAGUAGAAUAUGGGGAAACGAAUAAUUUUACCCAGCUAAGCGUAGGCACAAGUCAGAAGUUUGUCGAUGGUGGUGUUAAAGGCAAGACACAAUAUAUACAUAGGGUUAGCUUGAGAAAUUUAAAACCAGCUACCAAGUACAUUUAUCAUUGUGGUAGUAAUUUGGGUUGGUCGGCAAAAUUUGAAUUUCGUACUGUGCCAAAGGGUGAUGAAUGGUCACCCAGGCUGGCCAUUUAUGGUGAUAUGGGCAAUGAAAAUGCCCAAUCAUUGGCACGUUUACAAAAGGAUACCCAAAUGGGAAUGUAUGAUGCCAUUAUACAUGUCGGAGAUUUUGCUUAUGACAUGAAUACCGAUAAUGCAAGGGUGGGCGAUGAAUUUAUGCGUCAAAUAGAAAGUGUAGCGGCUUAUUUGCCCUAUAUGGUUGUACCGGGUAAUCAUGAGGAGAAAUAUAACUUUUCAAAUUAUAGAGCUCGCUUUAGUAUGCCUGGCGGUAGUGAGAAUCUUUUUUAUAGUUUCAAUUUGGGUCCUGUACAUUUUAUAGGCAUUUCAACGGAAAUGUAUUAUUUUCUUAAUUAUGGCCUAAAAACCUUAGUGUUUCAGUAUACAUGGCUAGAAAAGGAUUUAAUGGAAGCUACAAAACCCUCUAAUCGUGCUAUACGCCCCUGGAUUAUUGUCUAUGGACAUCGUCCUAUGUAUUGUAGCAAUGAAAAUGAUAAUGAUUGUACACACUCGCAAACUUUGACAAGAGUUGGUUGGCCUUUUGUGCAUAUGUUUGGUUUGGAGGAAUUAUUCUAUAGAUAUGGGGUUGAUGUUGAGAUAUGGGCUCAUGAACACUCCUAUGAACGUCUAUGGCCUAUAUAUGAUUAUAAAGUAUUAAAUGGUUCCUAUAAGGAACCCUAUCGUAAUCCCAAGGCACCAGUUCAUAUAGUAACCGGUUCGGCCGGCUGUAAAGAAGGCAGAGAACCUUUUCUAGCUAACAUACCCGAAUGGAGUGCUUUUCAUAGUCAAGAUUAUGGUUAUACACGUCUUAAGGCUUAUAAUCGCUCUCAUUUAUAUUUCGAACAAGUUUCUGAUGAUAAAAAUGGCGCUAUUAUUGAUUCAUUUUGGAUUAUAAAGGAUCAACAUGGAUCUUAUAAUUAGUUUACUUUUUAUAUAAAUAUCUUUUAAAAGUAUUAGUAUGGUCACAAGCUUUUAAAAUUCAUUCCCCAGUUUAUUUUAAUUGCAUUUACUAGCACCAAAGUUGUUUACUAAGGCAGCAGCACAAAAAACACCUUAAACGUUCAAAUUUUUUUUUUUUAAACAAAACUUUAUUUACUUUAUAAAUUUACAUUUUAAUUAUGUAUUAAUGACAAUUUUAAUUAAGCUUAAUGCUAUUAACAUUAAUUUUGUAUUUAUUUAGCUUUAUUUUAAAUUAUAUAUUGGAUAUAUUACACAAAUAUGUGCACUUAUAGCCAAAUGAACAAAUAUCAAUAAAUAUAUAAAUUCUUUAA